AUGAAUAUUGAAAUGCAUCAACAAGAAACUCCAACAUCAACUUCGACUAAUGAAGUAACACUUCCAAAUAACGAUCAAUUAGUCAACGAAUCUAUAACACAGCAGCAACAAGAUGUAGCAAUCAAUGUUGAUGAUCGUUUUGGUCCAAGUUGUGCGCCAGUUUUAUCACAAGCUCAGAUUGUCAAUAAUAUAAUAAAAGCAUGUAUGAAAGUAGAUCGCCAACGAUGGGCGUUUCUUUUCAUACCCUGCAUUCCGUUUUUUAUUAUUAUGUUCGUAACAUGGAUCAUAUGGGUUACUGUGGAUCGUUCAUCGGUAUCUGAGAUGGAAUCAUUAUGGUUUACACUUAUUACAGCUAUCAUAUUCACUUCAUUGACCGGGUUUAUGUUACUUUGGGCCUUAUGUUAUGGUGCAAUCAAUUAUUCGAAUAGAAAUAACUAUGCUAUGCUCCAAAGCAAUGUUCGUCUUUUGAUUAAACUUGAAGGAGAUCAAUGGGUACGUUAUGUAGAAUAUUUGUAUGGAUCAAACAGAGCAGGUUUCGGGUAUUUCGGAGCCAUUGGAGCUAUGACAUUCUGUUUGUGCCGCAAGCCUCAUUAUAAAGAACUAAUCGCGCGAGGAUAUGGAUACAUUGUCUUAUGUGAACAAGGUUUUAUACUUGAUGAAAUGACUUUCGUCGUACGUAAUCAGACACACAUUAUUUUGUCAGUAACUUAUGUCACAAAUAUGGGAUUACGUGUGUAUCUUUUGAAAAAAAAUGCAAAAUAUGUCGUACGUAAAUACGCUUCUGAAGCAGAACGGCAAUAUGUAGCUAAAGUAGCACUUAAGGCACAGAUGGUACCGCUGGACAUUCUUUUACCCAAUAUACCUCAAAAUGUGGUCGCAGUUUUAGGACUUCAAAUUCAGUAUGGGCUGUAA